AUGGCUUCGUUUAUAGGUCUGCAGAGUGUUUACAUUGUAGCACUGUUGGGGAGUUUAUUGCUUACCUAUCAUGUACCCGUACUUGUGGAAGGAAGGAUGGAUAUGGCGACUAGGCUAACACAAGAAGAAGAGUUGAAUAUAGAGAGGCAACUUGGGAUUCUAAAUAAACCUCCGACAAAAACAAUACAUGCUCCGUGGGGUGACACUUACGAUUGUAUUGAGUUCCACAAACAGCCCACGUUUGAUCAUCCUUUGCUAAAGCACCAUAAAAUUAAGAUGAAUGAAGAGUUUCUUUCCACGAACUCGACCAAAACCUCGAUGAAUCAAGUUGACAGGUGCCUAAAAGGUACAGUUCCUAUUCGUAGGACAACCAGGGGAGAUUUUAUCAGAGCCAAAUUAUCAUCAAAUGCCCAGGCUGAUCAAUAUAGAGCAGGUGUUUCAUACCAAACAAAGCUGGAUGAAACAAUUCAUGGAGCAAGUGGAAUAUUCAAUGUUUGGAAUCCUAGCGUGAACCGGGAUCAAUUCAGUUCAGCUGAGAUCGCUCUUCAAUCUGGUUCACUGGAGCAAACCAAUGUCAUUAAAUAUGGAUGGAGGGUAGAUCCACAAUUAUAUGGUGAUGAUGUGACCCGAAGUUUUGCGUACUGGACUGCUGAUGGUGGGAAGAGUACUGGUUGCUAUAACACUCUUUGCUAUGGCUUUGUUCAAACACAUUCGGUAUACACUCCUGAUAUGCAUUUUUCCAAGAUGUCAGAAAUCGGUGGCGAACAAGUUAUGUUAAGUGUACAGAUUAGUCUGGAUAAACUCGAAGGGAAAUGGUGGUUGACUCUCGGAGAAAAUAUUCAAAUUGGGUAUUGGCCAAAAGAAUUACUCCCAGGGUUUUUACCAGGCGCUACAUCUGUUUUUUGGGGUGGUCGCGUAAAGUCUGGUGAAGAUGGAAGUAGCCCACCAAUGGGAAGUGGUCAACCAGUAAGUGCAUAUGUUGCUGAUGCUGGUUCCGUUGAUACCCUUCAGUACAUUAACAUGAAUAAUAAAAGUUUAAAACCAGAAAAAACUGAAGAUACCAUCGAUUGUCCAGAGCAUUAUGAAGCGGAAUAUUAUCCAGACCACAAUAUUCUUCACUUUGGAGGACGUGGUGGCCCCAAAUGUAAAUAA